AUGGCUCAGCUGACGCUCUUGCUCUCACCGUGGGCGGUAGCCGUUGGCAUUCCACUAUGGCUGGCACUCUACUACAUACUUCCCUACCUCACCACCUACCGGCAUCUAUCCAAGGUCCCAGGUCCACCUAGUGCAAAAUUCAGCAACAUAUGGAUAGGACUCAGUGCUCGAAGCGGCCAGAAAUACGCCGCAAUCGACUGGGCUCAUCGCAAAUAUGGCAAAGUCGUCCGCAUCGGCUUCAACCAUGUAUCCAUUGCUGAUGAGAGGGGAUUAAAUGUCGUCUAUGGACAUGGUAAUGGCUUUCUUAAAGAUCAGUACUACGAAGCCUUUGUGGCUCGCACACCCGGCAUGUUCAACGUCCGCGACCGCGCCGAGCACACGCGAAAGCGCAAAAUCAUCUCGCAUGCCUUUUCGCCUCGGGCGGUUGCCGCCUUUGAGCCGCAUAUGGCCGCCAACCUACAGCGAUGGGUAAAGCAGCUUGACCGAAUCGCGACCUCUGGGCUCCAGAGCGAGAAGAACAAUUCCCAAUAUGCCCGGUACAAUGCAAUGCCAUGGUUCAGCUACCUCGCCUUCGAUAUAAUCGGCGACUUAGCAUUCGGUGCUCCCUUCGGAAUGGUGGAAAAGGGCAAAGACGAAACCGAAGUACAGUUCACGCAGGGUGGACCGAUCUCAUAUUGCCCGGCAGUCGAAGUCCUGAAUCGACGAGGCGAGGUCUCUUCAACUCUAGGCCUCCUUCCUACACUACGCCCGAUUGCCAGGUACCUGCCUGAUCCAUUCUUCAUGAAGGGAGUCGCGGCCGUCGAGAAUCUUACCGGGAUUGCGGUUGCUGCGGUCGCGUCGCGACUGGAUGCUGCGGAGAAGGGCAUCGUCGAUACGCGAAACGAUAUCCUCUCACGUCUCUUGCAAGCGAAGGAUGCAAAUGGCCAACCUAUGGGACGAACGGAAUUGACUGCCGAGGCGUUGACACAGCUGAUUGCAGGAUCGGAUACCAUUUCCAAUACCGCCUGUGCUGUUUUCUACUGGAUCCUGCAUGGGGAGCGAAGCGCUCCUGGUACAAUAGUUCCUCGUCUCCAGGAAGAGCUUGACAAAGCUAUAGGUUCAGGUCUGGAUAUUGCAUCAUACAGCCAGGUGCGGGACUUGCCAUUUCUGCGUCGAUGCAUCGACGAAGGCAUGCGACUACACUCUACAUCAGCCAUUGGUCUACCGCGCAUUGUCGCUGAUAAUGGGGGCGGUGUCAAGUUUGAUGAGUACUAUUUUCCGCCUGGAACUGUUCUAUCAGUGCCUUCAUACACUAUUCACCACAUGCAAGAGAUUUGGGGUGACGACGUCGAGGAAUUUAAGCCCGAUCGCUGGCUGAAUUUGACGGCGCGGCAGAAGAUGGGGUUCAACCCCUUUUCGUAUGGGCCUCGCGCAUGUGUUGGGCAGAAUGUGGCUAUUAUGGAGCUUCAGCUUAUUAUCGGGACGCUGUUUCAUCGAUAUACUUUUACGCUCUAUCAGCCGUUCAUGGAGUCGCAUGAGGGCUUUUCGAAAAAGCCGAAGGAAUGCUACGCGGGGAUCUGUAUGAGGCUAUGA